AUGAAUCCAGACGACUCUCUUCGCGGUCGCCUCCGCCAACUCUUUGGUCUCCCGUCGAAACUCGAGGCGACAAAAUCCGCAGUGCUGGAUGACCAGCGAUGCAGCGGGGACCGCGUUGGGACAUGGCGAUGUCUCUGCGGCCAUCUGAACACAAUACUGCAUUUAGCCGGACGAAAUACUCACCCUCUAGGCCUUCUCCAAUGCCGUGGCUGUCCACUGGUCUGGCACCCGAACAUCACACCUACAUUCACGAGCCAAAGGCUCAACAUCACCUCACAGACCAUCGUGUCCAACGCUGCCAACGACACACGCAUCGUGUCUCGACCUCGGAACCCCGCAUCGCAACACAUCUACGUCUGUCUCGGCCACGGCUGCGGACUGAGCUGGCGAACGGACAUCAAGAGGGAGUGGUUGAGCGGGAACAAGAGGCACAUUCUGCUUCUUGGCGGGAAGCGUGGGAAACUACAUUGUGACUGCGGAAUGAAGAUUUUCGAGCCUGGGGAAUACGAAAUCUUUGAGAUUGAGGAGCGGUUUGACGAUAGGCUUGCUGCUUCGGCGGCUUUGGGCGCAGGCGGGGGAGAAAAGCGCCGUGGUGAAGACCAAUAG